UAAUAUUUUACAGAGUCUGAGAAAUCAAGCGGCUGACUCGAUCUAUUAGGGCCUAGACUAGAUCUAAAUCUAGAUAUAGAUUCUAGAAAAGUCUAUCUGGACGGGAACUUCUGCCUCUAUUGUCUGGUGUGUCGAGUGAACUCGUCGAAGUGUUCUCUGUCAGUAGUCAGUGUCAGUGUAGAAUAUGGCGGAGAAGUCUGAUACAACAUCGCAGAGUCAGAGUGGCUCAAGCGGCUUUAGAUGGACGAGACAACUACUUUGGGCUACCUGGGCCGAAUUUGCAAGAGCGAAUCAAGGUCCGUGCUGUGAGAUGGACAUUUACUUGAAAGCAGAUGACAAUCUGAAUUUCAAAAGGUGCCAGAAAAACCCAGGACACUCAUCCUUUAUUCCUCUCCAUGAACUGAAGCCAGAGCACCUCCCAGAGAAGGCGAGACGUCCAGAUGUCCUGAGAUAUAUCAAACAUGUCGCAUGCCGCACGGUAAGACUGGUUGUGGGCUACACGUCAAAACACCGGUCGGCCGAUAUGAGCUAUCCGUCUUUGCAGGGGACAAAUGCACCUCGUGUUGGAAGCGGCUUCGUUAGAGAACUUGGUAUGAAUUUGAAGGGACGAGCCGCAACAGAGAUCCCCCAUGCCGACUUCUUUGAGCUGGAAGAAGAUGAAUUUUAUGUUGAUACUGCUGCCCAUGUUGUCUUCAAUGAAGAGGAAGCUAAACACACCACAGUGGAUCUAUUUUUUGAUAAUGACUCGGAUAGUUCCACGGUUAUUCAAGCAAAAGGGGUUAAGAUGGAUUCCGUUUCAGAAGACUUUGAUCAAGUAAUCUUUAUUGCUCGGCUCAAUAAAAAGGAUCUGGAUACGGCUUAUGAGAAACUUAUGGAGGUGUCACCUAGCCCGAUUCCGUUUAUUCCCAACUUUGCCUUUUGUGUGUCACACCCUCACGGUGUAGCCAAAAGAGUCAGUUUUGGAGAGCCAGAAGACAUAAAAAGCCAUGAUGUUGAUUCUGAAGAGCUGCGCCAGAACAGGUGGAAAUAUAUCUGCUAUUUAAAGGCAAGACAUGGAAUUGAGGAGGGGAAGACUUAUUUCGUUAUAUUGUAUUCUCUUGCGUUAACUCGAGUGUCCAAAAAAAUGUCUAGUGCAGUAUAUUUGGAAAAUUCAAGAUUCCCUAUUAAACGUCUCGUUGACAAAGGUCUGUUGAUAUGUCCUAGUGAUGACGAGAUUCGCAUCAUCUCAAAGUGUAUUAAAGUAAACGAUAACACUUUGGAUAAGAUUCGUCAAGACAGGGAGUACGUGUGUGGACAGGACGGUAUGGAAUCUACUUCGUCACAACCACCAGAGGGCAGCACAAGUGAUAAGAGCUCUUUUGACUUCAGGGUGUUUGAAUUGAUGUUAAAAGCAUUAAGAAAAGAACAUUCUCAGACUUGGCUGCAGAACUUGUUUCGUGAAUCUACUGGUAACAGCCAAUCAUUUGAACAGCUGUUUCCUGAAGAUGAUGACCAUCCCACUGGUACUGUCAGUUAUCGAGUUCCAACCUGUCCUGGGAGUUCCGGGGCCAAUGUCCACUCCAUGAUAGUGAAGGACGGGGAUGAACUCACGUUCAGUUCGCCCCAUUCUCAAGGCCCAAAAGGCAAACCAGGUAUAGGCAAAAAUGGCUAUGCUUUCUGUGACACUUUAAGUUAAAGGGAUGAGCUCAUGCAGGAGUGCAACAUAUUCGUACAGAUAGAGAGACAGACACACACCAACAGAGAGAGAGAGAGAGAGAGAGAGAGAACCCGAGAUGGUGAAAUGAUGCUGUUCAUAUAUUUCAUGUCCCAGGAUCAGGUGAGAGCAUGCUGUUAUUAAUUUCCAUACUGCUGUGUGUGUGUGUGUGUAUGUGUGUGUAUGUGUGCAUAUUUGUGUAAUAUGUAUGUAUGUGUGCAGUUUAAUUUUUCUACAUUGUUUGACAUGUUUAAAUUUCUUUCCAGAGAGAGAUUUUUAGAUUACGCGUGGUGUUGAAUGAAAGUCUGCUAAAUUAUUUUUGUAUAAAACUUUCAUGUAUGUUCUCUUUAAUCUUCUUCCCCAUCCCUCUCAUUUUUAUUUCAUUUACUCAGUGCAUCCAUGUUGACAAUCCGAGUGCCUUUUUUUCUGUCUGCUGUAAAUUUAGUGAAGUGCAAUGCUUGAUUAUCAAAAAUAAAUUAUGAACACCAAAUCAAGGGGAGACAACCAAUGAUAUAUUGCUGGUGAGUUUUAGGUCAAAGAGUUGCCCCCUUUGUCUUACCUGGUGUGUAGAUUGAUCAAAAAACACUUUUGAUUGGUCUGUGACUGUGAUAGAUCCGGCGUGUGGUGACGUCAUGGACUCAGUUUUUAGUGGGCUCUACUGAAGCAGACGAGACCCGGUGUAACACACUCAGAAACUACCAUGCAGUAAAGACUACCAUAGUGGUUUUGGCGUAAGCUUUCAUGCUUCUUCUUCCUUCUUCUUCUGGCUGGCCUCCGUUAGGAUUAGGAGGGCGGCAGUCUGCCGCAGGCAGACAGGUAAGCGGCAACCUCUUGUGGCCUCGUCCAGAGUACAUUCGGGCCCGGUCUCAACUCAUUGUAAGUUUUCAUGCCGUAACCACUACCGUACGUAGUGAUUUUUGCACAUGCUGUAAACACUACCCUAGCGACUUUGGCGUACGCUGAGAACACUAUCUCUAUGCUAAAAACACUACCGCUUGGACACCAGAUUGACUACCCACGCCAAAAACACUAUCAUCAUUCUUCGUCAAUAAACACUACUGCGGUUGUUUUCGUGGUUUAGACAUUAUACUCAAAACACUAUCCCAGUAUUUUUAAGACCAGUAGAUCUACCUUGGGCUAUUAUAACUAAGAGAUGGCACCUGAAAUGAGGGUUUAGCUUCAAAUUUUUGUUUUAUCCUUUAGUUUAGCCACUAUUGUGUCAUUUUCCCAAGUAUUAUGCCUCAAAUAGAAUAUAUUUCUUCUAAAAUGCUUUUGAAAGGUAGGGAUUGACUACUUCUGAGAACAAAUUUUGAAUUAAAAUUGCAUUUUCCUCGAAAUCAUAUUUUCCUGUACAUAUUUUGCUAGAGUCAGAAGUUUAAGAAUGGAUUUAAAUUUAAAUGAAACUUGGCAGGGAUGUGGUCCAAAUAAAGCUAAGCAAGAUAUCACAUGCUUUUUGAAUAUAUAUCUUAUUUCUACCUAAUGUUAUUGAUGUUUGUAAGUAAAAAAAAUAGAUCUAGAAUUUAGAUCUAAGGCUUUUAGAAUUUUUCAAUGACUUAUUUUUGAAAAUAUUUUUUUCUAAAAAAAUAUAUGUCUAGAUCUUUAAGAUACAUGUAACUGAAAAAGCUUAUGAUGUCUUGACUUUUUUUAGAUUAAAAAAACAUACCAAAAA